CUUGACUGAGAAGGAGUCCGAUCUAUCUAUAAUCUAUCUGGGGAACUGGGUUCCUAUUUCAACAGCGACAACAAAAACCUCGUGCACUAAGAAACCACAAAGCCAUUUGUUUGGUCCAAAUUACAAAAGCACAACAAACUGAGAAGAAAGAGACGAAGGCUCGCUCACAGAGAGAAAAGAGAUCCAAUCAGAUUAAGAGAGAAGAUAAGAAGAUGAAGAUCACUGUAAUGACAGCAGACGAACAAAUCAUUACCCUCGACGUCGAUCCUCACGAAUCUGUUGAAAACGUGAAGGCUUUGCUUGAAGUGGAGACAAGUGUGCCGCUUCAGCAACAGCAGCUGCUGUAUAAUGGAAAGGAGAUGAGGAAUUCUGAGAAAUUAAGUGCAUUAGGUGUAAAAGAUGAAGACUUGGUGAUGAUGAUCCCCAAUGUUGCAUCCAGUGCACCUACCAAUAAUUUGAGCUUCAACCCAGAUGGGUCUGCUGUGAACCCUGGAGCUUUCCAGCAGCACAUUCGAAGCGACUCUAAUGUUAUGGCUCAGUUGUUUCAGGCUGAUCCAGAAUUAGCUCAAGUUAUUCUAGGAAAUGAUCUCAAUAGACUGCAAGACCUUUUACGACAGCGUCAUAGACAAAAAUCUGAAUUACGACACCAACAAGAAGAGGAGCUUGCCCUUCUUUAUGCAGAUCCUUUUGACGUUGAAGCACAAAAGAAAAUCGAAGCCGCCAUUCGCCAGAAAGGAAUUGAUGAAAACUGGCAAGCUGCCCUGGAACAUAACCCUGAAGCAUUUGCAAGAGUGGUUAUGUUGUAUGUUGACAUGGAGGUUAAUGGUGUCCCAUUGAAGGCAUUUGUUGACAGUGGAGCCCAAUCAACAAUAAUAUCGAAAAGCUGUGCUGAGCGUUGUGGAUUGUUGAGGCUUUUAGAUCAACGUUAUAAGGGCAUUGCUCAUGGGGUUGGUCAGUCAGAGAUAUUGGGUCGUAUUCAUGUAGCUCCAAUCAAGAUCGGCAGUAUAUUUUACCCUUGCUCAUUUACUGUACUGGAUUCUCCCAAUAUGGAAUUCCUCUUUGGGCUGGAUAUGAUCCGUAAGCACCAGUGCAUUAUAGAUUUAAAGGACAAUGUUUUGAGAGUUGGUGGUGGAGAAGUUUCUGUACCAUUCUUGCAAGAAAAAGACAUCCCAUCACGUUUUCUUGAUGAAGAAAGGUACUCCAAGCAAGCAUCCAGCUCAGAAGCCCCAGUGACAUCAGGAACAGUAGAGAGGAGUGUUAAUGUCCCAUUAGGAGGUCAAUCUUCUGGAGGGUCUCGCGGUGAUGCGUCCCAGGGAUCUGAUUUUGAAGCCAAAGUGGCAAAGCUUGUUGAACUAGGGUUUGGAAGAGAGCCAGUGAUACAAGCCCUUAAAUUAUUCGAGGGUAAUGAAGAGCAGGCAGCGGGGUUUCUAUUCGGGGGUUGAAGAUAACCAUCAUUUUUAUACUUCAUUUGUUGUGUGAAUUAAUUUGCUUAUUUGUAGUUUAACUACGAUUACAAAUUAACAAAUUAGAAAACGGUGCACCUGAUAGCAUUCAUUUAAGCUAUUUGAACCCACAAAUGAGUGGUUCAAUUCAAAUAGAAAGUAAAACUAAUUUGAGCUACUA